AUGUCAAGCCACGCGGGCAGGCGGAGUACAGCCAAGCAAGCUAUACCUCCAAGCUGUCCGCUGGCAGCACGCCCCUGGUGGAGGAGGCGUCAAUACCUUCCAGCCUGGGAUGUGGAGAACAUUCGGACGAGGCUCCGAUGCGCUGCCUAUGCAGGGCACGCGGACCGUGUCGCAGAACGAUUGGUCCGAAAAAUGGACGUGGAGAGAACAGGCUUGCUUACCUUGGAACAGCUUCGCAGAGUUGUGCGCCUGAAGUUGCGCGUGCCUGCGCGAAAUGUGCCGGACAAGGAUCUCGCCAGCAUGUUCCACAUGUUAGAUUUUGAGGAUGCCGAUGUUGUCCGCGUGAGCGAUUUGGUGGAAUUUGUUUUGGCAGAUCCGCCGGUGACUGCCUUCUCAUCGAGCACAAAGGGCGGCAUGACGGCCAAUUUUUGGGACACCCGCUCAACAAGCGCAACAAGGCUGACUGCGUCAGGCAGCAUGGGAACCUUGGACGCUACCAGCUUCAGCCCAACUAGAUCAGCUCGAUCCAGGUCUUCCUCUCCUACCCUGGAGGUUACCAAGGACUUUACGUCUCCUCGCUUGCAGCCUAUUUUGACUCCCAAGGAGGUGACAUUCAACACCCCUGCACGCAGCAGAAGCUGGUCCUUUGCCGACCAAAUCCUGCUGGCUUGUCAACGAGGGGAUUUUGCAAGGCUGUCCAGAUUGCUCGUGCCGCAGCGCGGAGUGGAGGGCCCUUUGACACCGGAACUGGGUGGUGCGUGUGCGCAUUUGACUGCCGGAAACGGUCAUGCGGCUUGCUGCGAGCUUCUCCUAAGAGCACACGUGGACCCGGAAACCAGAGAUCGUAACGGAGCGACUUUGCUGGCGCGCGCUGCGCUUUAUGGUCACAGAGACCUGGCUCAGCUCCUAUUGAAACAAUGGAGGGCAAAUCCACUUGAUGCUGAUAACAUGGGGAGAAAUGCAGCGCAUGUAGCCUGCCUGAACGACCUGAGAACGGUCCAGAUGCUGGCUGAGCACACACCAUCCGCAGUGCAUGCGAGGGAUGCAGCUGGCAGGAGUUGCUUCUACUACGCUUUGGGAAACCCGCGCUGUGAAGUGCAAACUCGCCUGGUGCAGUACCUGGUGUUCUGCAAAUGUGAUGCCGAUGCCGUUGACACAAACGGUCGAACUGCCUUGACCUAUGCCGGGGAGGCUGGCAACCGCGAAGUGGUUAGCCUACUACUUUCCCGUGGAGCACGGCCUCGUCCAUUCGCGCAGGGGACGGCCCAGCACUCCCAAGUGCUGCGCUCUCGCAGAUGCUUCGAGUGCUCUUCCAGGGCUGCAUGUCAAGCCUGCCGUCAUCUUGAUGCGACUGUACACCCAGAUCAACCAGGAGUCCUGCAGGGAGAGUCAACGCAGCUGCUGAAGCUCUUGGACGCACUGGCCACAAUGCCUCAAAAGAACGAGGCGGCUGAAUCCUUCAGAGAACUCGUAACAGCCCUCGGGUGA